UUUAAGUACCAAGACUUGCCUGUGAAGUCAUCUGUGCACAUGGUAUUGAUGAGGGGCUCUUUCAGAUGGACCCAGCCCUUGGCCACAGAUCUCUGGUCACUGAUACUUAUUCUUUUUUCUGCACAACAUGUUUAUGGGAGUGGAAAGAAAUACAUUGGUCCUUGCGGAGGAAGAGAUUGCUCUGUUUGCCAGUGCUUUCCUCAAAAGGGGUCUCGGGGUCAGCCAGGACCCCCAGGGCCACAGGGUCCAAUUGGGCCCUUGGGACCCCCAGGACCCAUUGGGAUUCCAGGAGAGAAGGGAAUGAGAGGGGACAGUGGCCCUCCUGGAGCAGCAGGGGAGGAAGGAGAUAAGGGUCCAACUGGUGUUCCUGGAUUUCCAGGUUUGGAUGGCAUACCUGGGCACCCAGGGCCUCCUGGACCCAGAGGCAAGCCUGGCGUGGAUGGCUACAAUGGCUCAAGAGGUGACCCAGGGUUUCCAGGAGGAAGAGGAGCUCCAGGCCCAAGAGGCCCCCCAGGCCUUCCUGGGGAAAAAGGAGAAAAAGGAAAUUCAGUGUUCAUUUUAGGUGCCAUUAAAGGUAUUCAGGGAGACAGAGGGGACCCAGGGCCGCCUGGCUUGCCAGGAUCUUGGGGUACAAGAGGACCAGUGGGCCCCGUGGGAUAUCCUGGAGAGCCAGGGAUAGCAGGACCUCCAGGCCAUCCUGGGAGUCCAGGUUUGAAGGGUAAUCCUGGUGUGGGAGUAAAAGGGCAAAUGGGCGACCCGGGUGAAACUGGCCAGCAAGGUUCUCCUGGACCCACCCUACUGAUACAGCCACCUGAUUUUUCUCUCUAUAAAGGAGAAAAGGGUUUAAAAGGAAGUCCUGGACUGAUUGGAUUGCCAGGACCACCAGGAUCCAAGGGAGAACCUGGUAUUGGAGCAAAAGGAGAGAAAGGUAUUCCUGGAUUCCCAGGGCCUCGGGGUGACCCCGGUUCCUAUGGAUCUCCAGGUUUUCCAGGAUUAAAGGGAGAACCAGGACUGGUUGGGGAUCCUGGGCCAUUUGGAUUUCUCGGGCCAAAGGGAGAUCCUGGAGACCGUGGGCAUCCAGGACUACCCGGUGUUUUGGUAACUCCUCCUCUUCCACGCAAAGGCCCCCCAGGGGACCCAGGGUUCCCUGGCCCCUAUGGAGAAACGGGGGCUGUUGGACCACCUGGCCCCCCAGGUCCCUCGGGCAGACCAGGGGAAGCCUGUGCAGGCAUGAUAGGACCCCCUGGGCCACAAGGGAUUCCUGGUCACCCAGGGGUUCCAGGGGCAGCCGGGAUUCCAGGGAGACCUGAUUCUGCUCCAGGAAAACCAGGGGAGCCAGGACCACCCGGCCCCCCAGGAGCGCCAGGGCUGCAGGGACUCCCAGGAUCAGAUGUGAUAUACUGUAGUGCUGGGCAACCUGGACCCCAAGGAAUGAAAGGCAAAAUGGGUCCUCCAGGAAGAAGAGGCUCCAAAGGAGAAAAAGGAAAUGAAGGACCCUGUGCCUGCGAGCCUGGUCCCAUGGGCCACCCUGGGCCUCCAGGACUUCCCGGAAGGCCAGGGAGUAAAGGGGACUUGGGGCUCCCUGGCGGGCUUGGAGAAAAAGGUGACCCAGGCCCUCCUGGUGCUGAAGGCUCUCCAGGGCUAUCGGGAAAACCUGGUGCCUCGGGAUCACCUGGCAGCAAAGGAGCAAAGGGUGACACAGUUGUACCAAGAGUUAAAGGGCACAAAGGAGAAAGAGGUCCUGAUGGGCCCCCAGGAUUUCCAGGGCAGCCGGGACGACACGGUCGGGAUGGACAUGCUGGAGAAAGGGGGGCCCCGGGGCCCCCGGGGGAUCGUGAAGACUCAGCUCCAGGCAGUAAAGGACCUCCCGGACCACCGGGCCCCCCGGGCAGAGCAGGACGUGUGGGGCCCCCAGGACUGGGAUUUCCUGGGCCACCAGGAGAAAGGGGUCCACCAGGAGCUCCAGGCCGCCCAGGUGUGAGGGGCCCUGAUGGCCUGAAGGGUCAGAAAGGUGACAUAAUUUCCUGUAAUGUAACCUAUCCCGGAAGGCCAGGCCUGCCAGGUUUUGAUGGACCUCCAGGUCCAAAGGGAUUUCCAGGUCCUUGGGGUGCUCCUGGGCCGAGGGGUUCGGAUGGGCACAAAGGGCGGCGUGGCAAACCAGGAACAUCAGAGAUACUGGGUCCGCCUGGUUUUCAUGGUGACGUGGGAGAUCCAGGUUUUGGAGGUGAAAGGGGGUCCUCCCCUAUUGGGCCCCCAGGCCCUCCCGGGUCACCUGGAAUGAAUGGCCAGAAAGGAAUCCCAGGAGACCCUGCAUUCGGUCACCCAGGACCCCCUGGAAAGAGGGGUCUUUCAGGAGUGCCAGGGACAAAAGGAUCCAAAGGUGGUCUAGGACGCCCAGGGGCUGAAGGGGCAGCUGGUGUUCCUGGAUUCCCAGGUCUUAAAGGUCCCCAAGGCAGAGAGGGGAGUCCUGGGUUUCCAGGUAUCCCAGGUCCACCUGGCCAUUCCUGUGAAAGAGGUGCCCCAGGGAUACCAGGGCAACCAGGACGCCCAGGGGCUCGAGGUAGUCCAGGUGCCCCGGGUUGGAAAGGACAGCCGGGAGACAUGGGGCCCCCUGGACCGGCUGGAAUGAAGGGUCUCCCUGGACUCCCGGGACUGACAGGGGCAGGUGGACUCGCGGGGCCCCCAGGAAUCCCAGGCCCCGUUGGGGAUGACGGACUCCCUGGUCUUCCGGGCCCGAAGGGACUCCGGGGGCUGCCUGGUUUCCAGGGUUUUCCAGGAGAGAGAGGAAAGCCUGGUGCGGACGGACAAGCUGGCAGAAAGGGAGAACUCGGAGAGGAGGGCUAUCCUGGCCUCCCGGGAGACCAGGGAGUGAGAGGCGCCAAAGGAGUGAGGGGACCUCCCGGAGAUGAAGGGGAGAUGGCUAUCAUUUCCAAAAAGGGGAAACCCGGGGAAACUGGACCUCCCGGAGCUGAUGGUCUCCCGGGACAAAGAGGUGACAAAGGAAGUCCCGGUAUGCAAGGAAGAAGAGGAGAGCCGGGAAGGCCUGGACCACCUGGAUUCCACAGGGGGGAACCUGGCAGACAUGGGCAGCCAGGGCCUCCCGGCCCCCCAGGUCCCCCAGGCUCACCUGGGAUAAGAGGGAUCACUGGUUUUCCGGGAUUUCCAGGUGACCAGGGUGAGCCAGGUUCUCCAGGCCCCCCUGGAUUUUCAGGAAUUGAUGGAGCAAGAGGACUUAAAGGAAACAAAGGUGACCCUGCCAGUCAAUUUGGUCCACCUGGUCCAAAGGGUGAGCCAGGUGGCCCUGGAUGUCAAGGACACUUUGGAGCCCCCGGAGAGCAGGGCCUGCCUGGUGUUCAAGGGCCCAGAGGACCACCCGGAAGGCCAGGACUGCCCGGCUCCUCUGGACCACCAGGGUGUCCAGGUGAUCAGGGGAUGCCUGGGCUGAAUGGACGUCCAGGAGAAAUGGGGGACCCUGGGCCAAGGGGUCCCCAGGGGGACCCAGGGAUGCCAGGUUCUCCAGGAAUACAAGGUCCCUCUGGGUUGCCCGGCCUGAGUGGCUUGCACGGUUUGAAGGGUCAGAAAGGAUCCAAAGGUGCUUCAGGUUUGCAUGAUAGGGGCCCACCUGGUCCAGUGGGAAUACCUGGGCUAAAAGGAGAGACAGGAGACCCUGGGAGCCCGGGAAUCUCUCCUCCGGGCCCCUUUGGAGAAAAAGGUCUCCCAGGCCCCCCAGGGAGACCAGGACCACCUGGCCCUGCAGGUGCCACAGGAAGAGCUCCCAAGGGUGUCGUUCCUGAGUCAGGGCCACCUGGAGAUCGGGGACCUCCUGGCCCUGAUGGCCCAAGAGGAGCGCCUGGGCCCCCAGGCCCCCCUGGGAGCGUUGACAUUCUGAAAGGGGAGCCAGGUGACUAUGGUCUGCCGGGGCUACCAGGUCCCCCGGGCCCGCCAGGCCCUCCAGGGCACAGAGGCUCUCCAGGAUGUGAUGGAAAGGACGGCCAGAAAGGACCCAUGGGAUUCCCGGGGCCGCAGGGGCCACAUGGACUUCCUGGGCCACCAGGAGAGAAGGGUCUACCUGGACUUCCAGGCAGGAAGGGGCCCACUGGGCCUCCAGGUUCCAGAGGUGAACCUGGGCCACCUGCAGAUGUGGACGCCUGUCCCCGAAUCCCAGGGCUUCCUGGGGUGCCAGGCCCAAGAGGACCAGAAGGAGGCAUGGGGCUCCCCGGAAUGAGAGGCCCCCCGGGAUCAGGGUGCAAAGGACAGCCCGGGCUGGACGGCAGGAGGGGCGAGGAUGGAGUCCCCGGGUGUCCCGGGCCUCCCGGACACAAAGGUGACACAGGAGAAGCUGGCUGCCCUGGACCACCAGGCCCUCCUGGUCCCAUCGGGGACCCUGGGCCCAAAGGGUCUGGCCCUGGAUACGUCAGUGGCUUCCUCCUGGUUCUCCACAGUCAGACGGACCGAGAGCCCGCCUGCCCCCCGGGCAUGCCCCGGCUCUGGAGCGGGUAUAGUCUGUUGUACCUGGAAGGACAAGAGAAAGCUCACAAUCAAGACCUUGGUCUGGCAGGGUCUUGCCUUCCCGUGUUUAGCACACUGCCCUUCGCCUACUGCAACAUCCACCAAGUGUGCCACUACGCCCGGAGAAACGACAGGUCCUACUGGCUGGCCAGCGCUGCGCCGCUCCCCACGAGGCCGCUCUCGGAGGAGGAGAUCCGCCCGUACGUCAGCCGCUGCGCCGUGUGCGAGGCCCCGGCCCAGGCGGUGGCCGUGCACAGCCAGGACCAGUCCAUUCCCCCGUGUCCGCAGACCUGGAGGAGCCUCUGGAUCGGGUACUCGUUCCUGAUGCACACAGGAGCUGGGGACCAAGGAGGAGGGCAGGCCCUCAUGUCACCUGGCAGCUGCCUGGAAGAUUUCAGAGCAGCACCAUUCCUUGAAUGCCAAGGCCGGCAGGGAACUUGCCACUUUUUUGCAAAUGAGUAUAGCUUCUGGCUGACAACGGUGAGACCAGACCUGCAGUUUUCUUCUGCCCCGUCACCAGACACCUUGAAAGAAAGCCAGGCCCAGCGCCAGAAAACCAGCAGGUGCCAAGUUUGCGUGAAGUAUACCUAGAGAAUUUGAAAGUCGCCAGCUUGCGGCCAAGAGACACUCCCUAGGGAGCUCAGACUUCCUAGGCUGUGCUGAGAGAUGUCAUGGUGCUCACUGUGGAUUCCCUUGCAGCUGUUCCUUCGGCUCACCGUGGGUAUUCCCACAGUCCUCUGUUCCUUACAGAUUAAGCAAACUCAACACAUAUGGAUUUAUUUGGACCUACCAAUCCAGACGAAACCAGGACAUGCUUAUUUUAUUGAGGAUGAUGGAAGAGCUGGCCUCAUUUACAAAUAUGCUAAUUCACAGGAAGACAAGUAGAGGAUAAAGGCCAGAUUACAAAUUACAUUACUGAAAACUUCACUCGUUGGUUCACAGAACCCCAAACAACUGAAGUCAAUUACUCCAUAAUACAGUGGGUUUCUGGAUGAAUUUUACAGGAAAAAAGAAAUAGGCCAACAAGUGAAACUAGAAAGUAGAGAUUUUCAACAUUUCAACAUGAUUUCGUCUGUAGUCUGUUUUUCCAUGCACUUUAAAUAAUUGCAAAACCAUGACCCAAAGAGAUUUAAAAACAAGAAAAAAAAAAUCCCCACUGCUAGUGUUAACGGUUCAUUUCAAAGCAGAAUGAAUCAUUAUGCCAGGAAGGCCCACAGUGGCUGCAUUCCGGAGACGCGCCAUUAGCAUAAACACAUCGCGGAUGAAUAUAAAACAUUAUGUUCUCUUCUGCAUUUUUCAGAGAAUAGAAAUGCCUACUUUGGCAACCCUUUUGAAAAGUAGCAAUUACGGGAAAAAAUAUAUUCAUUCAAUAAGGGAUUAAGAGCCUAAAAGCUAUUAAUGAAUAUUAAGGUAGUGAUUCACAAAAAUUGACUCCCCAUCACAGCGAACUUCCACACAGACUGCUUUUCCCCAGUCGGGGUCCGGCACGUCCUCGGUGCGUGCAUGCUAAUGGGACGAAGCGACAUGGGGCUUACUCAGGCGGGCACGUUUCCUACAAAGCAUCUCGCUCCCCUUCCCGGAGAACCCGCAGAGCUUCCUUGCGGCUCACAAUGGACCCUUUUCCUCCAUGCACAUAAUGGCAGCUCACACGGGGAGUGACAGAGUUAUCAUUAUGCACUUGGGAGAAAAUUAAGGGCAACUUAAUUAAACUUAGGUAAGAAGAUUUAAGUCAAGGUCAGCCCACCAGGAGGACAUGGCACCGUCUUUAAACGAAACAAAGACAAUCUACAAUUUGAAUUUUGUGCUCCUGUGGUUGGUUUUAUCAGGAGCAUCCCAUUUUGACAAUUUUAAAAACACUCUUAUGUUUUCUCUCAGUAUUGUGCCAAGGCAGCAGUUUGACAUUUGGCAUUAGUAUUUUCUAUAAAAGUUUAAAAGCUAUGUCAAUUUAUAGUGAGUAAGUUCUCUGAAUAGCAAACGAUCUUUUUUCUAUUUUGCUGGGAAUUCAGCGUUCUAAUCCUAAAAAUCAAAAGGUUUGUUGGAAAAGAUUUUUAGAAAACUUGCCUUCCUCAUCUAUGAAAAAAGAAAGCAUUUUAGGGAAAACUAAAGAAAUUUCUCAUGAGAGUGACACUCAUAUUAGUGUUUUAGUUUUCAGUGCACUAAAAAAUAAUUGAGAAGAAAAGCUCAAUUAAAAUUUUGUUUAUCAAAAAUGUUUUCCUUGCCAAACUUUGAUUAGUAGUGAGCUCUUCUAUGCAGAACACAUUUCAAAUGAGUUUUGCUAUGGGCUACCCCCGGGAUGGAAAUUUAUCUUAAGAGCAUUUUCUGAUAAAAAGAAAAAUAUGCAUUUUCAGAUGAAAUAUUUUCUUGAUGUAGCAGAAUAUUUCCUGGUUCAUUUGAUAUUUUCUACGCCAUGCUAUGGCAUGUUAAAUAUUUUUGAGCACCUGAAAUUUAAGUCAAUUUCAACCUUAUUUGUAAUUAUAAUUUUGCUUCCAAGAGUCUAUCACCAAAAGUCAAGCCUCCAAAAAGUUCAUGUUGUUUGUUUGAGAACAUUUUCUGGGAAGCAGUAAGGGUGGUAAAUGGAACAUCAGAAACAUACCUUGCUUGCUGAAUUGUUUUAAACACUCUAACUUUGGUAUUAGAGUAUUAUUUUAGUAAGUUUUAUAAGUAGAUAAUUUUCUCCACAGUGAAGCUGGGCUAGUGAGUAACAGACUGUUCAAAAUUCUGGUAUCACGAGAGCUCUCUCUAAAUGCAGCACAAACACUACCCUCUGAUUUUGAAAAAGUAUCUUAAGUGGUCAAAAGGGCAAAACAUCAGGAAAAAUAACUUCUUGGAAUAGAGGAACAUGUUAUCUUAAGCCAUUAUUUUCUUCACCUGAUGCUUUAAAUGCACUUUAAAUAUCCUUUCCUGGCCGGGUGCGGUGGCUCACACCUGCAAUCCUAGCACUUUGGGAGGCUGAGGUGGGAGGAUGGAUCCCUUGAG